AUGGCUGAACCUCAAGAAUCAUCGUCGUCUACUCAGACGGCCCCGCUCGGCUCUACACCUUUCAAAUUGAACGGCAAAUCCUCUACUGAAGGUUCCCCACAAGUCCGGUUCGCCGCGGUCAACGAGCAAAUAGCACCGGAUGCAAGCUUCGCUGGUCUGGAUCAUAGCACGGCUACGCAGAACAUGUUAAAUAAGGAGCAGGUAGAUUUAGAUCAGUUAUCGAAAACCCUUCAAGGAACUCAUCUACAAGAACGUCGCAUGAGCCAUUUUGCAUUCGAGCCUGUGUCUCUACCAGCUUCGAGAAUACCCUCAACCGAAGAGAACUCGCGAGAGGCUAGCCGAUAUAACACACACAGUUCUUCGAGUCGACCCUCUCCCCAUCAAAGUCCUCGAACAUCAUCCAUGCAUUCUCCACCCAUAACCCCUGCUGCAACACGAUCGAGAGAUGCUCCGACCGAAGCAGCAAAGGGGGUUCCAGUCCAGAAAGUAGCUGCGGAGGGGGAUCCGGCGGCUAUGACACCUCAGAUUUCACCACCUAGAACCUCACCCUCAACUACAAACGCUGACGCGUCUCGACCUGGAUCUUCUGGACAAAUAAUGGCUAGCCCUAAUAGCAAUUCUAACGAAUCAUCAAAACCACAUCAUACUUUUUCGAUUGGUCCUACUGCAAACGAUACCUCCGUUCCUGCAUCUCGAGAACCCAGUCCCGCCCGUUCUGCUACUCCCUCGGCCUACAGCAGACCCUUUACACCAGCCGGUGAUAUAGAUGAUCCUUACGCCGCAUCUAGAAGAGUCCCGCAGCCCAAGAAUGCCGAAGCUAUUGAGUCGAGGUUCAGAUUUGGCGCGGUAGGCGCAAAAAACCGACAAUCUCCAAGCUCAUCCACAACUAGCUUGCCUAGAUCCUCCAGAAGUGCGGCAGAUGGAAAGACACCGGCACAAGGUGUCGAGAAACGACAUACUGGAUUAUUCGGACAUAAAAAUCAUUUAUCAGGUGUCCACGAUGAUAGUGCAUCAACAAUACACAAAGCUCACGGUUCCAUGUCAGAGCUCAAGCGAUUCUUGAAAAUUGGUCAACAUAAAUCCAAGCGUGCUGGCUCUCCAACACCAUCUACUAAAUCUGGCAGCUCAAUAAAUAAAGCAUCACCAUCUAGCAAAGGGCAGCAGCUUCCAUUUGGUGAUGACCACGGGCUAACUUCGAAAUAUGGCAAGUUUGGAAAGGUUCUUGGAGCUGGAGCUGGAGGCUCCGUACGUCUAAUGAAGCGAAGCAGUGAUGGUAAAACAUUCGCCGUGAAGGAGUUUCGCGCCAGACAUUCUUAUGAGUCAGAAAAGGAAUACACGAAGAAAGUAACUGCCGAAUUUUGUAUAGGAUCAACUCUACAUCAUGGUAAUAUUAUCGAAACAUUGGAUAUUGUGCAAGAGAAAGGAAAAUGGUAUGAGGUUAUGGAAUAUGCACCUUACGAUCUAUUUGCCGUUGUAAUGACUGGUAAAAUGUCGAAAGAAGAGGUUACCUGCUCAUUUCUUCAGAUUUUGAGUGGUGUCACAUACUUGCAUAGUAUGGGCCUAGCCCAUCGAGAUCUGAAGCUUGAUAAUGUUGUGGUUAACCAAUAUGGUAUUAUGAAGAUUAUCGAUUUUGGUAGUGCUAGCGUGUUCUUGUAUCCCUUUGAAGGAGGCAUCACGUUAUCCAGUGGUAUUGUUGGCUCCGAUCCUUACCUCGCUCCAGAGGUGUAUGACGAGAAGAGAUAUGACCCACAGCCAGCUGAUAUCUGGUCCCUUGCAAUCAUCUUCUGCUGCAUGUCUUUACGCCGAUUCCCAUGGAAAAUGCCUAGAAUGACGGAUAAUUCCUUCAAAUUAUUUGCCUCUCCUCCAUCACCAAAAACAGAACAUCACAAUGGAGCAACCACACCAGCCACAAAGGAGUCGGAUACCAAAUCCUCUAAUUCGAAAAAUGGUCCCAACGGCUCCGGUUCUGAUGUUGACAUGCUCACCUUGAUUAAUUCCAUUGAAUCAAGGAAGCCUCCUGAGCCACCAAAGCCAGAAGUGAUUAAAGGACCAGAUAGAUUACUCCGUCUCCUACCCAGAGAGAGUAGGGAAAUUAUCGGAUUGAUGUUGAAGCUGGAUCCAAAGAAGAGAGCUACGAUGGCACAGAUACUGGAUAAUCCCUGGGUAAGAGAUACAGUGAUUUGCCGUCAAGACUCAGAUGGCAAACCCAUAUCGGCUCCAGGCCAUACACAUACUCUUGAGCCACCAACACCACCUCCUUCCUCAAAAUAA